AUGGUGGGGCUAAAGAUGCUUCCCUUGAAGUUGCUCUUGGUGGCCCUGGUCCUCUGCUUCUUGGAAGGGGAAACCAAGUUUGGAGAGACCACUGCCAAGAGGAGAAGGUGCUUGAAUGGCAGCCCCCCCAGGCGCCUCAAAAAGCGAGAUAGGAGGCUGAUGCUCCUGGAGCCCCUCAACAGAGGGGAGCUGCUGUGCCAGGGAUUCUACCCUCGCCUGUCUUGCUGCUCCAGGGCUGAGAGGCAAGGAUUGCUCCAGAUAGAGAGCAACAAGAUCUUUUCUGUUACCAACAACACAGAAUGUGUGAAGCUGCUGCAGGAAAUCAGAUGCGCUCACUGUUCACCGAAUGCUCAGAAUCUGUUCCACUCAACUGCGAAGGAAACAUUGGAAAAGGAACUAGCCCUUCCUUUCCUGUGCAAGGAUUAUUGCAAAGAAUUCUAUUACACUUGCAGAGGUCACAUCCCAGGUUUGCUCCAAAUUACUGCUGAUGACUUUUGUUUCUACUAUGCAAGAAAAGAUGAUGGUUUCUGCUUUCCAGAUUUUCCAAGAAAACAAGUUCGAGGACCAUCUUCUAACUAUUUGGAUCAAAUAGAAGAAUAUGGCAAAGGAGAAGAUUUAAGCAGGAAACAUAAACACAACUGCUUUUGCCUCCAUGAAGUUGUAAGUGGUUUCAGGCAACCUGUUGGAGCAGUACAUUCUGGGGAUGGAUCACACCGUCUUUUCAUCCUUGAGAAGGAAGGAUAUGUGAAAAUAUUGACACCUGAAGGAGAUAUAGUUAAAGAACCAUUUCUGAACAUACACAAAGUUGUUCAAAGUGGAAUAAAGGGUGGAGAUGAAAGAGGGCUCCUAAGUCUUGCAUUCCAUCCCGAUUACAAAAAAAAUGGGAAGCUGUAUGUGUCCUAUACCACCAACCAAGAACGAUGGGCUAUCGGGCCUCAUGAUCAUAUUCUUCGGAUAGUAGAAUACACUGUGUCCAGAAAGAACCCACACCAAGUUGAUAUGAGGACUGCAAGACCUUUCCUAGAAGUUGCAGAGCUGCAUAGAAAACAUCUUGGAGGACAGCUGUUCUUUGGUGCUGAUGGGUUUUUAUACAUAAUCCUUGGUGAUGGAAUGAUCACAAUAGAUGAUAUGGAGGAGAUGGAUGGUCUAAGUGAUUUUACAGGUUCGGCGCUGCGCUUGGAUGUAGACACUGAUUUAUGCCACGUGCCUUAUUCCGUACCACAGUCUAACCCACAUUUUAACAGCACUAAUCAGCCUCCUGAAAUUUUUGCCCAUGGACUCCAUAAUCCAGGCAGGUGUGCAGUGGAUCGCCAUCCAACAGAUGUAAAUAUUAAUUUAACAAUACUUUGUUCAGACUCGAAUGAGAAGAACAGAUCAUCAGCAAGGAUCCUUCAGAUAAUAAAAGGAAAAGAUUAUGAAAGCGAACCUUCACUUUUAGAAUUUAAGCCAUUCAGUUCUGGACCACUGGUUGGUGGAUUUAUAUACAGAGGUUGCCAAUCUGAAAGACUUUAUGGAAGUUACACAUUUGCAGACCGCAAUGGGAAUUUUUUAACACUACAGCAGAGUCCUGUUACAAGACAAUGGCAAGAAAAACCAUUAUGUCUGGGCAACAGUGGUUCAUGUCAGGGUUUUUUUGCUGGACACAUUUUAGGAUUUGGUGAAGAUGAAUUGGGUGAGAUUUACAUCUUAGCAAGUAGUAAAAGCAUGACACAAUCACAUAAUGGAAAACUUUAUAAAAUCAUUGAUCCCAAAAGGCCUUUAGUUCCAGAAGAAUGUAAAAGAACAGCAUUUCCUGCCCAGACAUUGACAUCUGAAUGCUCAAGGCAUUGCCAAAAUGGGCAUUGUACUCCCACUGGAAAAUGUUGCUGUAAUCAAGGCUGGGAAGGUGAAUUCUGCCGAACUGCAAAGUGUGAUCCAGUCUGUCGACAUGGUGGUGUCUGCAUACGACCAAAUAAAUGCUUGUGUAAAAAAGGAUACCUUGGUUCUCAGUGUGAAGAAAUGGACAGGAACAUCCGAAGAGUGACAAGGGCAGGUAUUUUUGAUCAGAUCAUAGACAUGACAUCUUAUUUGCUGGAUCUAACCAGCUACAUUGUAUAGUUUCUUGGACUAUUUAGAGAC